GUUCACAGCACAAGUGUGGCAGUGUGAGAGCCGUGUGCUGGACUUGUGGGACACACAGAGUAAAAGUGCUUCGCACCGCCAGUUGAAAACGCACAUAUUCUCCACUCUGCGUUCGUUUUCCAGACUCACUGUAUGGGAACAAGAGACAUUGCAGCGUUUAGUGGAAAAGAGAGCAGCAGGAAAGAGAAAGAGCGUGUGUUACUGUAUUACUGCAGGCCGAGUGCUGAGAAAGCCGGCAGACAUGGCCAACAUCGCCGUGCAGAGAAUCAAACGGGAGUUUAAAGAAGUUCUCAAAAGCGAAGAGACGAGUAAAAAUCAGAUUAAGGUGGACCUGGUGGAUGAAAAUUUCACAGAGUUAAAAGGGGAGAUUGCAGGACCUCCAGAUACACCGUAUGAAGGUGGCAGAUAUCAGCUAGAAAUCAAGAUCCCUGAGACGUAUCCGUUCAAUCCACCGAAGGUGCGGUUUAUUACAAAGAUCUGGCAUCCCAAUAUAAGUUCGGUUACUGGGGCGAUAUGUUUGGACAUUCUGAAAGACCAGUGGGCUGCAGCGAUGACUCUGCGCACAGUUUUGCUCUCACUACAGGCUUUACUAGCUGCAGCCGAGCCCGAUGACCCUCAGGACGCUGUAGUAGCCAAUCAGUAUAAACAGAAUCCUGAGAUGUUCAAACAGACUGCUCGACUGUGGUCUCAUGUUUACGCUGGUGCUCCCGUCUCUAGUCCCGAAUACACACGCAAAAUAGACAAACUCUGUGCCAUGGGCUUUGACAAAAACGCAGUAAUAGUAGCUUUGUCUUCGAAGUCAUGGGACGUGGAGACGGCGACAGAACUUUUGCUUAGCAACUGAGACUUCAUCCAUCAUCUUUAGGCCACGAUUUCACAAUCCACUUUUUUUCAUCCAAGCAUGUAUUGAGAUCAGCUCAAUGUAAAAGAAAAAGAUUGGAUAAAAGCAGGCCGGGUUUUAAAAACCUGCUCCAGAAUAGAAUGUGUGUGUCUUGGGGGGAAAUCACAGUCACGGAAGUGUUAUCCUACUGCAAAAGCAAAUCAUUCAAUUUACUCACUAGAGCUUGGGCCAAAUUAAAUGAUGAAGCAAUAAACCGCCUCAUCAUGAACCGAUUUUGACCGUGCUGCUGUUUUAAACAGCCUUUUUAAACGCCGUACAGUGGCCGCCUCCACCUGCUUGUGGUCCGUUUCCAAAAAGAACCAAACGCGGGGAAGCCUGUACGACUGCCACUUUAGACGCUUCCGAAGAAGGGCAGCUGCUUACACAUGGGUGAAACAACGAAGGUGUGUAAAUGGGUGUAUUAAAGGGUUGUGAACAUUCAGGAUAAAGAAGAGCGGAAGACAUCGUGGAAAAACGUGCGUUUUCUGGAUUUGCUAGGGAGGAAAAAUCAGAUUAGGACCUUUCAGGAUGAAACAACCUUCACUGUUUUCCUAAAAUUAAUGCUGUGUCCAAAAUCACUCACUCGUUCACUACUCCCUCCUCACUAUCUAGGGAAUUUUUUUUUUUUUAAUAGAUAAAAAAAAAACUAUACAGUGAGCUCGUUAGUAAAAUAAAAAAAAAAAAACGCUUUCGGACACUACUCCGCCGCGCCCUUAUUUAUGUCAUCAGUCGCACAAUUAAAACGUGCCAGAUCAGUCGGCUGGUGGGGUUUCAAAAAUAAUAAAUCCAUAAUAUACUGAGGGCGGCACGGUGGUGUAGUGGUUAGCACUGUCGCCUCACAGCAAGAAGGUCCGGGUUUGAGCCCCGGGGCCGGCGAGGGCCUUUCUGUGCGGAGUUUGCAUGUUCUCCCCGUGUCCGCGUGGGUUUCCUCCGGGUGCUCCGGUUUCCCCCACAGU